CCAUACAUACUUUCUUUUGAUUUUUUCACAUUUCGAACCUUAAUUUGUCGAUAUCUUCAGUUCUUCAAUGACGUCAUCAUUCUAUAACUGCAGUCUGCUGUUUCUUUGGAGCUUGUGACCUAAAUUCGUCAAAAUGCCUUUAGCUAAACAUUCUGAUCAUUUUGUGCUUCCCAAUGUCAUCAUAAUGGUUGUAGUAACAUUAGGGCUUCUACUGACAGUGUUGUGUACCUUCAAACCUGAUGUUGUGCCUUAUGACUACUUGGGACCCCUUGGUGCAUUGGCCCACUACCUUGCGUACAAACAAACCCUUGUGAUGCAGACAAUAUGCUAUACAGCAAUCUUCAUGCAUGUUUUAGAGAGUUUCUAUGCUUAUUAUCUUGCAGGGAUGAAAGAAUUAUCAAGCUCUGCGAGACUCAAAUGGGGCAUUGGCACCUUCUUUUUCGGCAUCUUCUGCAUGUAUCAGUUGUUAAAGUAUAACCCAACAAAAGACCAGAAGAGAGAAUGAGCGGAUUCAAGUAUGUAGUAUGAGGUGUAGAAAUAAUAUGAGCUUUCUUCAGGGAUGCUAGUUUUCAGGCUUUUGCUUGAUUUUCAGACCCUCUUCAGGUUUCAUAUGGGUUCUAAUAUGUCUAGGUCUUGGAGAAAGCCAACUGGUAUCUCUGCGACUCUUGACUCAUUGAUGAUGGUGACAAGGGCAUGGUUUCACAAAACCCUCAUAAGUACAAGUUCGCCGACAUUCUAUUGAAAGGUGUGGGAUAUAAUUUACAGUAUGCUUUUCAAUGGGAUGAGAUGACUUGUACGUACAACUGUAUGGUGAUUUUGUGAAAUGAUGCCCAGGAUAUGACAGGCGAUUACACCACAAUCAAACCGUUUUCAACAGGUUAAAGGACAAUCUUUUGCAUGCAUCAUUUGUUGAAGUAUGAUCCAUGUCGCCCAACCUAAGAUCAGAAGAGGGAAUGAACUGAAAGAAGUAGUUCGUAGGAGACUUUUUAAACAAAUUGGCAUAGACAGACAUGUCCAGAAUGCAAGAUGCAUAGUGCUGUUUGUUAAUCAGCAGUUCCUGUUUCCAACCUAUCUGAAUACUAAAUAAAAGUUUAGCUAACAUCAAGUCUCAUCAAGAUGGUACAUGUAUACAGGGUGUAUAUCCAUUUACCAACUCCAUAUCCCAACAAUGUGAUAAAAUUACGAUUUUCAUCAAUUAUGCAGUUCACGUUCCGGAUGCAUGUUUUCGUGCCAUUGCAUUUUGCCAUGCUACCUUAACCCAUUGACAAUGGUGCUCAGUAACAGGCAAUAAUAAUAAUAAUAAUAAUAAUAUAAUAGCCUAAUAGU